GGUACUUUCUCCAAUCUUCCUCUGCCUUUCUCAUCUUAAGCUUUCUUCAAAAUCAUCAACGCCAAACAUCAACUCUCUCCUUUCCUUUCAAUUAUUCAACUUCGAUCUUGAACAACCACAACUCCAUUGUUCACUCCGGCAUCGGUUUCUCGCAUCUAUACAUAACGCGCAGGUUUUCGGUGAAUCUAGAAGAAGCCAAUAAUCUCGACCUACUUUCAUUAACCUUCCUCAGGACUUUCAUCUUGUGGCAACUUGCGAUCGCUUCAUAUCGGAACUCACCGUCACAAAAAUAAUCCACAAAACACAAUGUCGUCGCCUAUGCCUAGCAACGACGGGGAUGCCCCCAAGAACGCUCAGGAGCAAAUCACUUUCCGUUUCUGCUCUGAGUGUUCCAAUAUGUUGUACCCUAAGGAAGACGAGGACGCCCACAAGCUUCAGUUCACCUGCCGUACAUGCCAAUACACCGAAGAGGCUACUUCCUCUUGCGUUUUCCGUAAUGUUAUGAACAAUGCGGCCGGCGAGACUGCAGGUGUCACUCAAGAUGUUGGAUCGGAUCCUACGCUCCCUCGAUCUAACAAAACUUGUCCUAGCUGUGGACACGAUGAGGCCGUCUUCUUCCAGUCCCAACAACGAAGUGCGGAAACCGGCAUGAAACUGUUUUUCGUCUGCUGCCAAUGCGGUGAGAUCUUCCAAUAGAUUCGUCGUUUCAGCUCAUGACGAUGGCGAUGGCCGGGUAGCAAGACAUAUGCAGGGACUUUUUGAUACGACCGGUGAGGUCACCUAGGUCACCCAGGGUAUUGCAUGGAGUCGGCGUUUGAGAGGGUUCUAGGAUGGUCCUUAGAAUGACUGGCUCUGGUCAUUUCCAAACAAGAAAUCGGACGUCCUGAUUUGAGGAUUAGCAUUUACAUUAAUACGAUAUACUGAGUUUCGCAUCACAAAGUUUCACUUCAUGGUUGUAC